UGCGACUUGGCGAUGUUUGUAUAAAGUAUAGCUGAAUAGGUUUCGACAAUGAAUGAAUCAAACUAAUAUACUCAGUCUCACAAUAUACUCAAUCACCUGUUCCAAGCUCCAGUUGUCGGUUCGCUCUGGUAAUUUUUGCAUGCUGUUAUCUUGUGAGUUUGGUUUGAAUACUACAUAGGCCUAUUACUGUAACGAGCAUCAUACAUCUAAUUUUUCGUAACGCAGCUCUGUUUGAAACGCAUUUAAAAUCUCUUCUAUUUACCUCAACUAAGUCCUCAAGCCUUCUGUUUAUCGCACUAGCAUCCAAAAAAAGGUCAGCCUAGCUCCAAGCACUUCGAUUCCUUGACUGAACAUCAGCCCGGAUUGGCGCGACCAUGCCAGUAGAGACAACCAUGGAGCCUGGUAGUAUUCAACACAGCGGCUAUCUCACACCAGGAGAUGAAAUCAAUGUACAAGGAGGAUUUACAGUUCAUUUUCAGAAGAAGCAUCGUAGAUACUGGACGCUCCAGUAUUUCGGAGAGGGUAAUCUCACACUCAGUGGCUAUAAAGAUGAAAAAUCCUUCAAGAGAUCGUCAUCGUCAACGACAAAGACUUCGACAUUGGGUCGUCAAAGAAAAACUUCGAGCGCACCAGUCGAGACGAUUCGUUUGAUGACAUCACUCAAGGUUCACAAGUUUGAGAUGAAGACUAAGAAGAAGGUGGAAAAUGCUCUCAUCAUCGUCAAUGGAUCGCAUCCUAAAUUCUUCCGUCCAGAUAACAAUGCUGAACUGGAUACAUGGCACAGUGUCUUUAUGAAGUUCUCGAGUGAUACCAGGUUAAUAAAGAGACGAGUCCGGCCUGACAAGACACGCCUUUCUCCAACACAUCAAGCACAGGAUUCAUCGGACAAUCUAGAACGAGACAGCGGCAUCUCGGCAUCAUUCACCAGAUCGACCUGCGAAUCGGAACGUUCGUCAUCAUCAAGCAUGUCGAGUGAGGAGUUGAACGACCUCUCCCCUCAACGUUUCUUCCCGACUACUGUCUCCUUUGAUCUCGAGGAUGAUAACACAUCGCCUGUGCCAUCGCCUACGUUACGUGAGCCAUUAGGAAGACAAACGAACAGCAUUGUGAGGAGAUCGACUUUCUACAGAAAUAGCGAAGGUGUUUAUGAAGAGAGAACUUCACCCUCCUCACGCGAGUCAACGGAGAGUGGGUUUUACGAUUCCGCAAUACAUCGAAACGAGGAUGACAGGUCCAAUUCCGUGUACGAUGCCCUUCCUUCAUCGUCACCAUCACCACCGCGUCGGUUCGGUGCGACCACCGUCAAUAGCGAGCACCUUGUGAUUCCAGCUAAACAUCUAAGGAAAACAAUGCACAGUUCAUCCUCAUUCGAUAACACUGACAGUUCCAUACCAGAAGAGGAUGAAAAGGAUCUUGUACAUGAUGUCACUGAGACGAUUGCAAAGAGACUGGGGGUGGAUAACUCAGCUGAAUUACAAAGGAUUUUAAACGACGAUGGUAGUACACAUGCAUACAUGAAUCAAAGGCUCCCGUUCAAGCCCGCGAGCCCAUUAGUGAGCAGGGCGAGUCCUCCCAUUCCUGCUCGACCAGGGAGCCAACCACGCAGGAAGAGCUCUCUAGCAGGUCCCACCAGCGAGACGAACUACCACCAACCGGUGCUUCCAGGGGGGCGUAGGAGAGCGGAAAGCGUGCCCAUCAGCCUUGAAGAUAGUCUCAAGUACUCUCCACGCUUCAGUCAACUACCCGUUCCUGAAGUUAAAGAGCCAUAUUCAGAUAUCAAAGCGUUGAUGGCUGAGCAGGCUGGAGAUGCAAUCGAAGUUCAUAUCGAUAAGGAAGAUUUGGUCAAUUCAAUUGCUCUGGUUGACAUUCGAGGAAAAGUCAUCAUCGCAGGGUGGAAGAGGUCUCUGAUUGGUAAACUGCAUGUUGGUGAUAAUCUUGUUCAAGUCAAUGACCAAGUCGUCUCACAAGCUGAAUGGGCGAAUACAUUCAUCAAGACAUCAUCUAGAUCUCAGAUUGUUUUACACGUGAAUCGUCUUCCAUUUGCCAAGAUCAUCAACUGUACGAGAAUACACGAAGACACUCUGUGGGGUUUUGAAUGCAAAGCAAAUGAGAUCACCCAUGUACGGUCAGGACCAGCCACGGAAUCGGGUCUUACAGAGAAAUCCGAGUCCAGUGCCUUCUCAAAGAAAUCAUGUGAGUGGAUCAUCACAGAGGCUGCGAAUAAACCCAUUAGACUCAACUGCCCCAAAGAUGAGAUGAUGCAAUAUCUGGCGACUAGGAACCUCGCUCUCCCCCUCGUAGUUCAACCAAAGGACUUCAUCCACGAUCUCAACAAGGCUUUGAACAAACUCAAACGCUCUUCAUUUUACCGUGUAGGCUGAACAUUCUCAACAUAACAAUCAUCGACUUCGAUGUUGAUGACGGUGCAUAUGAUGAUGAACAUGAUGAUAGUGCUGAUCAUGAUCAUGGCGGAGUCCAAUGGACAAGUGACGAUGUUGAUGUUGAUGAGGCGAUGUCGAGAUCAUCUAUGUUACAAUCGACGCUAAAAUGAGUUUGCCAUUCAAACGUCAUUCCAUACUUGCAAGUCGUUAAAUCUUGGUCCAAGUUGGCAGACAUUCUCAUUAAAUUUCUUCGAAAAGGAAUGAAAUAAACGUUUUCUUUCAGUUAUCCAUGCACGAAUCACUACAUUACUCAUUGAGUAUGUAGUUUGUUUAUAUGGAUGGAUCGCGUAUAUCGAAUAUAUCCAACAACUGCAUGCUGUGUUCAUCUAUUACAUGUAGUUUGCGUAUAAUAUGAUCUGUGAAACAUAUAACAUCUGACAAAAUAAAUGGAAAAAGUGAGCAAACCUUAUAAUAUGCUGACAAAUGUACGGUUUAUUAGUUUGACUCUUGAAAACAAAAGAUUUAAAGAAGGCUUGUUGGAAGUUAUUUUUUUUUUGUCUACGGUAUUUUGGUGCUUGUCUGUAUAACCCACAGCCAUAGGCCGCGGUAUUUGGUGUUUGAUUGGUGGAAAAUCUCUACAUAGUUAUUGUUUAAUCGUCGUGUGUCUUUAAUCACGGAUUCUACCUUUUUAUACAGUUUUUAGAAUGGCAUUAUAUACAAUUGUGUGAAAAAAUACCGUCCUAUAAAAAAUGACAUGUAAAUUAUAAUUCGUGGUCGACAAACAUGCUAACUGGUUGUGGCAUUAUAGUGGCAUGGUGGCAUUAUUAUUCAUGUGGUUUUAUAUUUAAUCAUUGUAAAUUGAUGUAUUUAUAGGCAAUUAUAUGCUUUAUUUGUGCUCUUUCUACAUCUAGUCCUGCAAAUGUGCUUCAGUGCUUUUCAACAUCUUGAGUGUCUCGUAUUUCAGUAGUGGAUCCAGGAGAGGAUUUUCUGAGGGGGUGGGGGGAGGGGGGCAGUUCUUCCCCUGAUGUAUGACAUGUUUGAUUUUGCAGAGGUCAUCAGAGUGGGGGAGGGGGUAUGCUCAAUGCCCCCUGAGUUUGCUAAAUCAAAUGUAGCUGUAACUAUAUAUAUAUUUUUUUUUAAAUAAAAAUAAUUUUGAUGUCAAGAACAUGAAAUGAACAAAGAAGAAAUCCUAACAACAUUAGCACUUAAAAAUGUGCUAACAAAUAGAUAUUUUGUUCAUUCAUUUUUUAAUAUAAAAUAAUAGUAAAAAAAAAGUAAAUAGUAACGUGACCUAAAUUUAAAUGAAUAUAAAAUCGCCUCAUACUUAAUACAAAUUUCGGCGCCGGUCGUUUUCUCUGUCUUAAUAAAUGUUUACAUGUGCUAGGGUAGGUUAAGAAUGUUAUUUAAGUUAGUAUUGUUUGUGUAACUACAGGUAUUUUGAGAAUAUUUCCUUCCAGUUGUUUCAUGUGCUUCGCUACUAUUUUUUGUUAAUGUGUUUCUUUAUUCUUUUACUAAUUAUGUAUGAUAUAAUAUUUGUUUAUCCAUUUGAAUUUGAUAUGCAAAUAGUUUGUAAGAUACGUUAGUGAUACAAGUCACUUACCAUAAUAUAGUUGUCUUAGUACUCUUAUAUAUUUAUCGUUUGUCCUCGUUUAUCUUUUUAAUAUUGUUGUUAAGGUUUCAUAGAAGUGAUGUCUCUUAAAGCCCCACUGUCCUACUUAUAUAGAAAACUUCCCAAUCGGUGCCUGUUGGUCCCCCAUGAUCAUCUUGUUCUUAUGUUAGUUAAGAGCUGAGUUAAUGAGCCACAUGUCAGUGACCUCGAUGUGUGGUCUAAUCCCUUCUGGCCCAGUAGUAUUGACGGUCUUUAAUAACAACCACAAAUGAUUAUCUCUAUGUCUAUUGACCCUGUUCUUCUCUGUACCAAGAGCUCAUACCCCUCGAUUGCCAGAUCCGAGUGUAUGUAGAGAAUGAUUAGAAAAUGUUGUUCCACAUAUUUUGAUAUCCUUUGCCAAUGUUAUACUUUGCCUACAUUUGUAUAUCAUUAUAAUCUCUAGCUGAGCUAGAUUGGAAUUAGUAAUUUUUCAUAUUAUGUAUUAUAGUAUGUACUAUUGUGGUUCUUAUCGCUAGUCGAUGUAGAAGAGUACCUAUAUACGGUGUAUAUUCUGUCGCUUUGCGAUCCAAUAAAAUUGUGUCUGAUGAAAAAAAAAA